AGAUAUCUUGAUGUCUUCAUGUGAUCAGCCUGCGCCCUCUCUCCUCCUCUUCCUUCCUGUGCCUUGGGGAACUUGCAGAUGUUCAUAAAGAGCAGUACAUUUCCUUACUACGCUUCAGCCUUCUGCCGGCGCGUGGAAACACUUCUGCAACCCUGCAUUCUUAAAACGUCUCACCAAGUUCCAGGCUGUUUUUGCCAGAAAGUUUGCAAAGUGACGAGAAGUGCCAGGCCGGGCUCAGGAUGUGUCAGACAGCAGCAGGACCACCAAUCAUAUUCUACACCCACAGGGACAAUUCACAGCUCCUAUGAAAACAUACAAACCACUGAACCCUGAGGGACAGGACAUGUGAAUGACCUUGUGGAGCGCAAACCAUUCACUAACAAGCAUUGGCCAAUAAAUGCCUUCUCUAUGGACCUCUCAGCGACGGAGGCAGAUAUGGUUUUUCAAAAGGUUCAAGCGAUUCUUCGAGGCCUUGAUAUUCAACAUCCAACACAGCAAUCUGACCCAGGUAUGCUGAGAUGGACCCUGCACAAGAGCUUGGAUCGCAACCCAAACAGUGGGAAUAUUAUGGUUGGAGUUCUCAUUAAAGAGUUGGAGAAGGCAGAACAAGAAGACAACCUGCAUUAUAUCAUCCCUUUACUGCACACGCUUAUGUACGCCAUCACAAAGGCUGCAUAUAUCUCUGAUGAAUUGUAUGAACGAGUUUACGUCUUCUGCAAAAAGAUACUUACUCUACCAAAGCCAUACUGUACGAUUGGUCUGGACUAUGCGCGAAGACUAAAGACCGAGAAGAAAGUUCCAGGUUUUUCAUAUCAAAAGAUGGUGGUGUGGGAGCAAAACCUUAAGAGGAAUCUCAAUCAUCACCAAGACAAGGUGCUACUGUUUUUGGAUCCGGCGCUGGUUUCGGAGGCUGUAUGUAAUACACUUCUCCGCGAGACUCAAGCCAGUCAGAUGUCUCACUCACCUGUGUCCUGUAUGAUGUAUGUCAUUACCAACUGUAUUCAGGCCUCACUUGGCAAAGACUGCAACAUAGAAUUGCUGCAACAGGUGCUGAAGGAUAAAUCUACUGAAGAGGUGGAAAUUUGGUUUCAAGAGGUUCUAUUGGUGAUGGAGCGCGGCGAGCAGGAAAACGCCGGCACCAGGCAGAGACACAAUGAACGGCUGCAGGAAAUCUAUAAGAAAGUCAUUUCAUCUGAAGAAGAAUCAGGAAUGUCAAAACUUCAGAGAAUCCCGCUGCCCAGCCCAAAAUUCAGCGUUCAUCUCUGGACUGACGACGAUCAACUAUGGAAAGAGCUGAUGCUGUUCAUGAGGGAGACCCUGACCACAGAUGCAGAGACAGAAUAUGUCAAGGAGCCAGAACUCUCCUUGGACCCAGAGGGCAACGAGCAGCACCGCAUCUCUGUGUGGUCUAAUGACAGUGGGAUAGAGAGAGACUUGCCUGGGACAGAAGAGAAAGAAUCAAGCAAGUUAUAUAGGAAACCAUGCAUUAAGAAGAAAGGCGCAGACGUGGACUCUGCUGUUUUUCUUCAAAACCUCACCAAGGCACCCAAGGGAAGCCAGACAGCGACACUACAGAGGCUCUCAGGACAGAGUACAGAGGUCCCAACUGGACCGGAUAAGCUUCCCACUGCUCGAGUGGUGGUCCUAGGAGAUGACAGAGCCCUGGGCAGAUUGGCUAAAGCAUAUUACUCCUUCAGGAAGAGAGAAGCCAGGAGGCCACAUCGGACCCUGAAGGCCAAUCUUCAAUUUUAUUGCAUUCCUAUCCAAGGAGAAAGAAGCGAUACCUCAGCUCACAUGGAGGAGUCGGCCGCCAUGAGCGACAUGUGUGAGCUUAGCACAUAUCUGGGCCAGGUGGAUCCGUGGUAUGACAAAAACAUUAACACCCUCUACGACAGAAUUACCAAACUUGCACUUAUGCCAGCCUGUCCAUCCAGAGACUCCACUUCUGACCCUUUCAUCCUGGAUGUGGCCUCCUACUAUCUACGCUUUGGAUUACAACCAGUGUUCUUUCAGAUUUACUCUGUCAAGAUCCAAUUCAGAGAUUUAUCUCUAGAGCCAGUGGAAGAUGUGUUUCUCAGCGAGCUUAAAAUCGACCUGCAAGAUUGUACGUUUACAAAAUUAAACACAAUAACCAGAAAGAAGACGGUGGUGGAUUCUCGAGGUGCAGGGAUCCAGGUGCAUUAUCAAAAGGUUUUAGCCAGCAAUAGAGAGAAAGAAGGAUGCCUGGUGCUAAAAACAUCUGGGGCAAUUAUUAAAACAAUACCAAGCAACGAGACAGAUGAUUUUGUGUGUCUGAAUGUCUACAUUGAUGAAACAGGGAAAUCAUCAUCAUCCGGGCGGUCUGCAUUGUGUCAACUUAAUGGAUUGAAGGCAUCGAGUAUCCAAAUGAGAAGCCUGGAUCUCAGGACACUGAGUCUACAAUUGGACAAAGACAGUCGAAGGGUAUACAAUAAUGUGUCUAGCUUUGAGGUCUCCCCCUGCCAGGAGCCUGGGUACAGCCUACAGAGACUGCGGACAUCACGUGCUCAUGGGGACGGUAAAGAAGACUGCGGUCUGAGCAGAUACAUGACCAAAUCGCUCCUGCUUCCCAUCAACACGUUUGCAGGAAUCAUUCAGUGACUGCUUGGACUCCUGGUCCUGUAUGAACUGCCCCACUGCGCAUAUAUAGCAACCGACACACUACUGCUUUGUGGAGCGGUGGUUUUAAGAUUGCAGCUGUGGCAAAUCUAUACUGUACACUGGAAAGAAACUCACAUUAACAAUCCAUAUACCUACUGUAAGUCCGGCACCUUGGGAAGGAGGCAGAAGUGAAGACCCGUGUGUUGCUUAUACCGCCUGGACAUAGAACUGAAUCUUUUUUUUUUUUUUUUUUUGGGAUGAUCAGGAUGAAUUCUGCUGUUUAUAAGGGAGAAGACAAAUAUAUGUAUUUAUUGAAAUUGCUUCCACAAAUAAACUUGUUAC